AGGCCCAACAGCAAGGCCCGGGCGGCGCAGGCACCACCGAGGGAACAUGGGGCGCAAGCCGAGCCCUGGGGCUCAGGAGCUGCCUGAGGAGGAGGCGCGGACCUGCUGUGGCUGCCGCUUCCCGCUGCUGCUGGCGCUGCUGCAGCUGGCGCUGGGCAUCGCGGUGACCGUGCUGGGCUUCCUCAUGGCGAGCAUCAGCCCCUCCCUGCUAGUCAGAGACACUCCGUUCUGGGCUGGGAUCAUUGUCUGCGUGGUGGCCUACCUUGGACUGUUCAUGCUUUGUGUCUCAUACCAAGUUGACGAGAGGACAUGUGUCCAGUUUUCUAUGAAGGUGUUCUACUUCCUGCUGAGCGCCCUCGGCCUGAUGGUCUGCAUGCUGGCUGUGGCCUUUGCCGCCCACCACUACUCCCUGCUUGCACAGUUUACCUGCGAGACCUCCCUGGAUUCUUGCCAGUGCAAGCUGCCUUCCUCUGAGCCGCUCAGCAGGGCCUUCGUUUACAGGGAUGUGACUGACUGUACCAGCAUCACUGGCACUUUCAAAUUGUUCUUAAUCAUCCAGAUGGUUCUAAACCUGGUCUGUGGCCUCGUGUGCUUGCUGGCUUGCUUUGUGAUGUGGAAGCACAGGUACCAGGUCUUUUACGUGGGUGUUGGGCUGCGCUCCCUGAUGGCUUCUGGUGGCCAGCAGCCAAAGGCCUAACAGGUUGGCUCCGAGGGAGACAAGGUCAGGAACAGCACACCCACCGACUAGCCAAGGUGAAAACCACAAUUUUUUAAAGGCAAACUUUUUUGACAACAAAUACCUUUUCAUUCUCUAAAUGUGUAUUUUUAGAUUUUUUUUUUCAGAAACAAAAACGACUCUUUUUGGAGAUCUCUAUUGUACUUUUUAAAAACUUCUUGUGAGGACAGGGACGGAGAGACGGCUUACAAGUGAAGAGGACUUACUGCUCUUGCGGAGGACUCAAGUUCAAGUUCAGUUCCGGAGGCCAAGUUGAGUGGCUCACGGUUAUCUGUGCCUCCAGCUCCCCGGACAUUGGGUGCUACACACACGCACGCACACAUGCGCACACAUGUCAUUUAGAAAAUCUAACCUAUUUUUAAAGUUCUAAUAAGAGACAAGAUUCAAAUUGACUUGGUGAACACCAAAAGGCAAAGAACAACAGACAUGGAACAGAUGGCCUAGAGCUGGCGCUAUGCUCUGGUGUUUAUCCCUACCGCCCUUACAUCCUCACCCUCCUCCGCCUUCGGAUUAGUCCAGUGCGAUGGUGUGAACUGGCAUCGCAGGCCACUACCUAGAGUCUUCUGGCUCUCUCUACCACCUGCCAUUAUCCCCGUGGUGUCUUGGGAAAGGUCUAAGGAAAGCCGGAUCUCAGUUGAGUGCUUUUAUGUUUUCACAGUGGAGAUGUCUUCAAGGUAUGAAAUGGCUUUUUUAAAAACCUAGUAGAACAGGAAGGUUGAGUGAUUCUGAACACCUGGACUGGGGCGCAGACUUCCGGUUGCCUUAGCUCUGAUCCAUGAGUGGGCUGCAGCCUCCAUGAGGUCUGAUUCACCAUAAUUGAAAGGUGGUGCUGUUGCAUUCUUAACGACGAGGAAAGUUUAAAAAUAAUUAUAUUAUGCCUCUAGUCUGUCAUUUAAAACAAAUCAUUAAGACUAAUUUCCAGCUAAUUGUUCAUUAUAAUUAUGCUCAGGAUUCUGUUUAAUGAGCUCUGGCUGUUCUUAGGCAGCACCGUUGGUGUUAGGAAAAAUUACAUCCACAAGGGGAGACGGCAGAAGCUCCACUUUCCUGGAAACCAACCACUGCAAAAAAAAACAAAAAAAAAAAGAUCUUGUAAAACAUUAAAACACUCUCAGAGAAAAAACAAGAGCAUUCGUCACAGGAAAUGCUUCUAUUAAUAGCACAUUUGUGAUAUGUUGAAAAGUAUCUCCCUUGACCACCAAGAACCUUUGAUGGGAUUGGGUACUACGGGUAAGCCCUGUCAUACACAUGGACUUCCUGUGAAAUCCUAGAAGUGAUGGCUUUUACAGUUGACCUAGAGACAGAACGUCUCAAAGUCCUUGUUUGGGUGAUACGUCCACAGUUAGGGUAUUGAGUUUCAGUUUAGACUUAAGAGAUGGUACUUGGUUAAGACAAAUUUUGCAAUGUAAUUGGGUAAAAUUCCACCAAAGAAAUGGGGCAGUGGUGGCACACGUCUUUAAUCCCAGCACUUGGGAAGCAGAGGCAGGUGGAUUUCUAUGAGUUCAAGGCUAGCCUGGUUUACAAAGAAAGUUCUAGAACAGCCAGAGCAGACAGAGAAACCCUGUCUUGAAAAAAAAAAAAAAGCAAA